UUUUAUGUAACAAUCGGGGCAUCUAUGAGGAAAAGCCGUUCACUACAUUGCCAGGGACCGCGGCAGCUAUCGAAAUGUAUAAACACGGUCACAGAAGAAAAGCCAGGUUCACAUAGCAUUUCACAAAGCGAUUCAAUGCUGUCAUGGCGCUGAAACCGCAGGCGGAGGAGAAAAGCGCUUUCUUCAUCAGCGCUGAGGAGGAGGAGGAGGGCCACCAUGAACUUAUACUACAGAAAGGUAACGCUUUGGCAUCUGAGGACUGUCUCAAAGAGGCCAUCGACUGGUUUUCAGCCGCGAUGCGCUACGGCCCGGUUCGUCCCGAGCAGUUAAGCACUUUUGUGGAUUGUAUCCUCCGUAACUUCAAGAGGAAAGCCCCUGGGCCAGAGUCCUCAGCGGGCCGAAGUCCGGACCGAGCUGAAGAUCCUGGGGACUCCUCGGUGUUCGACUGCCCCAACUGCCACGGCUUUCUGGGCGAACCUGUGACCGUCGCCUGCGGACACUCGUACUGCAAAAGGUGUUUACAGAGGCGGCUCGUCUCCAAGUGUAAACUCUGCGACGAGCCCGUUGGGGGCGAGGAGAAAGCCAACGUAGCUCUCUGUGGACUUUUAGAAAAAUGGUUCCCCGACGAGCUGAAAAAGUUGAAAACGUUACAAGAAGUGGAGGCGUCAUGCGAAAGGAAACGCUACAACGAAGCCGUGUCGCUAGCGAGUGGUGCUCUCCGUUCAGAUCCAAACAUGACUUUGGUUCGUCUUUCCCGAGCAGAAGCGUAUGCAGCUCUCAAGCAGUACCAGCUGGCUUUGGAGGAUGCUGAAUUCUGUUCCAGGUCCAGCUAUUCUGCUGAAGCGCUGUUCAGGAAAGCCGUGGUGCUGUAUGAGAUGGGACAGGUAGACGAGUCUCUCCAAGUCUUCCUCCACUGCCUGACCAUCGACGAGAACUUCCCAGAUGCUAAAAGAGAAGUGGAAAAGAUCUUGUGUGACCUCCUCUCACCUGCUGAUGAGAAUGUUAAGGUGGGCCUGAGAGAAACCACUCAGAGCACGCUGCCCCACCUGCGCAGUAAACAUUUAAUAAACGAUGCCCCAGCUCAGCCGCAGACCCUCCCACAGAGGCAACCACAGCAACACCAGGUCCGUGGAGCAUCUGCACACCAAGUGGACAGCCAGGAGAAACGAUGUGAAAGCCUGGAGCGGCCCGGCCUGAGCAGAGCCCAGUCGCUGCGAAUGCACGGGUCUAACAGCAGUGAAGAGGGGCUAAAGAGGGUGAGCUCAGCUCCCCAGUUGGGCGACCAGGACAAGGGAAGUCUGCUGAAGAGGAAGCUGUCUGUGUCAGACAUUGAAUCGUAUGUGGUGGACAGUGGAAGUAGCAAACAUAAGAAACAAGGUGUUUCAAAAGGCUCCAAGCAUAAAUCAGCCAAAGCAAAAACCUGCAGAAGUGUUCCUAAGGAUCUGCUGGACGCCAAUGACCUUGAAUGCUCCCUCUGCAUGAGGUUGUUCUACGAGCCGGUGACGACUCCAUGCGGCCACACUUUCUGUAAAAACUGUUUGGAGCGCUGCUUGGACCACACUCCCCAGUGUCCGCUCUGCAAAGAGAGUCUAGGAGAGUUUCUAGCAUGCAGGAAAUACGUGGUGACGGCCAUCUUGGACGUGCUUAUUAAACAGCUUUUCAGUAAGGAGUAUGAAGAGAGGACAAAAACACACCUGGAGGAGAACAGAGAGCUGUCAGACCUGACGAAGAAUGUGCCUAUCUUUGUCUGUACCAUGGCGUACCCCACUGUGCCUUGUCCCCUCCACGUCUUUGAGCCGCGUUAUCGCCUCAUGAUCCGCCGCUGUAUGGAUACAGGCACUCGGCAGUUUGGGAUGUGCAUUAGUGAUCCUCAGAAAGGGUUUGCAGAUUAUGGCUGCAUGCUGAUUGUCAGGAGCGUCCAUUUCCUCCCCGACGGUCGUUCUGUGGUUGAUACCAUUGGAGGAAAACGCUUCCGGGUUCUUUCUAGAGGAAUGAAGGAUGGUUACAACACGGCAGACAUCGAGUAUCUGGAGGACACCAGGGUGAACAACAUGGAAGAACUUGAAAAAUUACAAGAGCUCCACGAUGCAGUUUAUGAACAGGCCCAGGUCUGGUUCCAAAACCUCAAGAUCCGCUUCCACAACCAGAUCCUGCAGCACUUUGGACCAAUGCCAGAGCGGGAACCGGACAUCCAGGCAACUCCAAAUGGUCCUGCUUGCUGCUGGUGGCUGUUGGCCGUUCUGCCCAUCGACCCUCGGUACCAGCUCUCUGUCCUCUCUAUGACCAGCCUCAAAGAUCGCCUAGUGAAGAUCCAGCACAUCCUCACAUAUCUGCAGAGCAUCCCCAACAAUUAAGAGCUUCCCCACCUCAUGUCGGGGAGCAUUCUCAAUCAUCCAGGACUUAGGAACUCCAAAAAAGGUUUAAAAGAAAAAAUAAAUAAAUAAAUAAAAAUAGUGGACUUCAGGUUGUUGCUAUUGUAGUUUUUAUUUUUUUAACUACAGAAACUGAAGUCCAUUUUUUUUAGAAACCUUUUUUUGAGUUCUCCACAACAAACAUCUGGACUUAAAAUGUAACUUUUAGGCAAACAUUCAUCAGCAUCUCAACAAUCUACAUCCUCAACUACCAGCUGGCUUCAUUGUUUUUCUUUUUACAGCACAAAACCCCUCAUUUACUAUUCUGUAAUAAAAUCAUAAAGGUUCUGUGAGAAACCCUCAGUGUCCAUCAAUAAAAACAGACAUAUGGCCAAACCACCUCAGGGAUGCACUUUUUGCUAUGAAAAAAAAAGUAAAAAAAAAAAUGAAAGAAAGGUGAUGCAAAUAUUUGCAUCGGUUUUCAUUCUUGAUGCAGUUCUUAUCAGAUCUUCCAUAAAGGUGGAAAGAAGAAGCUAUUUAACCAGAUGAAGACAGCAAGAGUAGUAUUUCUGUUUGGACGCUGGGUUUUAUUUCAUUUUUUUUUAAUAAUUGGAAUAAAUGAGGUGAAAGUCUAUUUUUUAGAUGAGUAAAGAACGGCCAUGCAAUUCAUUUUAAUCCUUAGGAGGGGGAAACAGAAUCCCAAAUGCUGAAAGUUGGAAAAAUAAUAGAAAGGUAAUUACACUGUUAUACCUCACUUUAAAUUUGUCAUAUAAAGGCUUCAUUAUGUCAUCAGAGGAGCCUUUGUGAGGAGAAAUGUGUGCAAACUCAAGUGCAUCUACAGUUUGCCGUCUGCGUUCCCAGCACUGAUGAAAGUAUUACUCCCUUCAAGUUGUCGCUAUCUUAUUUCACACGCUUAACACGCACAAACUUCCAUUGCUGCGCCAGUGUAGCAAAGGACCUACGUGUUCACAGAAUGAGGUCGUCUGUGUUUUUUUUUUUUCCCAUGUUAUGUUUGUUUUACUUCAGAGUUUCUUCCAGUUUUGUUUGAGUGUGCUCCCAAAGUUUUCCAAUGUGAAUCCGAGCAGUUACCUUCUGCUCUGCUCUUUUUAGUUGUUUUUCCUGACAGCUUUGGCAAACAUUGUAAGUCUGGAUCCCAUACAGUGUGGCUGGAAGAUUGUGUUAAUAAAAAGUACAAAAAAAAAAAGGAAAAUCGGACAUUACUCCUGCUGCACAGAUAAAUUAUUAAAGGGGGGAGAGGAAAUGCUAGACUAGAUGUGCUUCCAACAGCAAAAAGGAUCAGCUAAACACAAUUACUAAAAUUAUAAAGAUGAUAAUUUAAAUCAAUGUAAUUAUAAACACAAUACCCGUAUAAUAAACUCUAAAUUUGGAAUCUGUGGUGUUGCUCUUAAGUGGGAGUUGUCACAAUUAUUGUUUACAUUUUGGUUCCCCCCGAAAAUUCCUCCUGUUUGAUUACAAGUGUGUUAAUCAUCACUUUGAAAAUAUUCUAUGAAUAAAUGGGGAAUCUGGAAGUAAUUUAACCAAACAAACAAACAUAAGUAUACAUGAAAGAAUUGUAUGUAAACCUUCAUUAAAUGCUGCUGAGUGCUUGGAAAGCGAGGAGGCUUCGGUAGGGGGAGGAGCUACAUUUGCCUUACACCAUACAUCUUUACCUUUAUGCAAUAGCUUGGUUACCAUUCCCUAUUUUCACCACAGCAUGAAUGCUUUUUAUUUUUUUUCUCAAGCUUUUAUGUCAUAAUAUAAACAAAUUUGUGAGAAAAAGAAUAAAAAAAUCUCUCUAUAUAUAUAUAUUAAGUUAAUGGUGUUUAAUGUAAAUCAUUUGUACAAAGCCUUUUCAGACAGAUCUUGCUUUUUGCUAAAAUGUUUUAAGUUAUCAUUUUUCAACAAUAAAUGCACUUUUUUUCAAACAUGAA